UGGCCCUCAAUCUUCUCAGGAUUGGAAAUAAUUGCAAAUCGGACCACUUUAUCACACCGAGACGCUGGUGGCUCGCCCUCCCUUUUUGAUCUUCUGAUCAGUUUAGGAAGUGGCCAUGAGGCCAAGUUAACUUUGGCGGAUGUUGGGGCUGAGCUGGAUUAUAACCCUGGGACAAUGGUCUUUAUUUCAGGGAAGGUUCUGCAACAUUCUAUUGGUCCAUGGGGGCCAGGUGAAAGACUUGUCAUUGCCCAUUUUAUGAAGGAUAAAAUCCACUCCAGAGUUGAGGUAUUAAGACCUGCCUUUCCAAUGCAAGCCUUUUUUUUGAAGAUGGUGGGGCAAGGAUAA